AUGCCGCCUCCAUUCGGGAGACAAACAACGGCCGGUGGUGGUGGAAAGAGGAAAUCAACGGGUGCAAGGAGGAGGAAGUCGGGAGCGGAUGGUAGGGGUGCACAUGCGGAUGUAAGCGGAGGUGAGUACUCGGAUGUUCGAGAGGGUCUUGGCGUGCACAAUGAGGCCUACGAGCACGAUCGAUGGUACUUCCGAGCAAAGCAGGGGAAGGCAUUUGUCGAUGCGUGCCAGAUGAUCAGUAAGCGAGCCCUUCACUCUGCGGCGCGAAGGUCACUUCUCCGCUGAGCGGACUCAUCGCGCACCUGCCGUAGCACGGUACAGCAAUCACCGAGCUACUCCUGUAACCUUUGUGACUGUGACAUUGACACCUUGCGCGUGCCUUGCUCUCCCUGUCUGACAGACACAACGGUAUCUCGUCGCAAGCCUCGAUUCAAGCCAGGGACACUAGCCAUCCGGGAGAUUCGUCGGUAUCAAAAGUCGACGGAUCUGUUGAUCCAAAAGCUACCUUUUGCAAGAGUCGUACGAGAAGUGGCCGACGAUUUUAUCACGAACGCAUACGAUGGGAGCGGAGGGGCAGGACUGAGGUGGCAGAGCAGCGCUAUUUUGGCCUUGCAAGAAGCUACGGAAGCGUACUUGGUGCACUUGUUCGAGGAUGCUAACCUUUGCGCUAUUCACGCCAAGAGGGUGACCAUCAUGCAGAGGGACAUUCAGCUGGCUAGGCGCAUCAGAGGCGUGUGGGGUGGCAUGGGAUGA